AUGGGAACAAAAAUUAUUUAUAGGGUGCUAAUUGAGGAAAAAGAUAUCUAUAGAAUAUUAAUAGAAAAAAAAAAUUAUAAGAUCAUAUGUGAGAAAGUUAAUAUCACAAAAGGUGUAGUUGAAGAGUUACAGCCACAGGGAAUUCUCAAUCGUUGGAUUGAUCACCAGCUCAUCAAUGGUAAUUUCGCCAUGUGGCUUUUACCAAGGCUUGCUAUGAAAGAGAGAAAAAAGAAAAGAAAGAAAGAAAAGAACUCUUACUUAAUUUUUCCAGUUUUAAUCUUGCUCAGGUAUCUCUUCAUGGAAGGAGUGGGAGGAAGAGGAGGGGGCGGUGGUUUUGGUUAUGGGAAUUUACUGUCCAGGUCUUCUGUGUAUAAACCUAGUCCUCCAUUAUCUGCUAUAGACAGGUUUUUAUGGGGUCAUAACCACUCGAAGAUCAGCAAAGGAACAGUUGGUUCCACGGAUGGUUCGCUGCGUGGUUUCUCCUUCUCAAGUGAUGCAAUUGGUGGCUGUGCUGGAGUUUCCUGGCAAAGUAACCUUGAGGAAAGCUUUGUUGACGGGCUUGUCAUAGAUGGGGGGAGCCUUGCUUUGACCGGUGACAAAAACCCUAACAUGGAAACGAAAGAAGUGAAAAUUUCGAUGAAGAGUUUCCCUAAAGGGGUAGGGAAGAGAAACAAGAAAGUCGCAUCUGCAGCUUUGAUCAAGGGUCAGUGGACAGAUGAUGAAGACAGAAAAUUGAUAAGGCUGGUGAAGCAAUAUGGAGUAAGGAAAUGGGCACAGAUAGCUGAGAAUUUGGUUGGUAGAGCCGGAAAACAGUGUCGAGAGAGAUGGCAUAAUCAUUUGCGCCCUGAUAUCAAGAAAGAUAGCUGGAGUGAAGAAGAGGAGAGAGUAUUAGUUGAAGCUCAUGCCAAGGUUGGGAACCGGUGGGCGGAGAUUGCCAAGUUCAUCCCUGGAAGAACUGAAAAUGCCAUAAAAAAUCACUGGAAUGCUACGAAGAGGAGGCAAAACUCAAGGAAGAGGAAUAAACAAAAUGAUAACCAAAAUGGCAAACCUCAGUCAUCUAUUCUUCAAGACUACAUCAAGAGCCAAAAUCUGAAUAGCAACAACCGCAGCACCACCUCCAUCACCCCAAGCAACAGCUCCACCACUUCCACCACCCCUUCUAGCUCCACAUUCUCUGAAGACUUGUCCGGUCAAUCCAAAUAUUUUCUCCCCGAUCAACCGUCCAAAUCCAAUGAUUCUCAUCCUUUGAUUACUCAAACAUAUGAUGAGGAACUGCUGUUCAUGCAAAACUUCUUUGCAAAUAACAAUAACAUUCAACCAUGCAUUGAUUAUUCCCAAACCAAAGGUGCAACUGAGGUGAAGUCAGUCGUUGUUGAUAACCUCAGCAAAGGUCCUUCAACCAUUGACUGUUCUGGAUUUAUUUGUCAGGUAAACGGUGUUCAGCAGUGUAACCCAGCUGAUCCGUUUGGAUUCUCCUCUUCCAUUACAAACCCAAACUUGUUGACCACUGGCCUUCAAGAACAAGAGCCUCGAACCACCUAUCUGUUUUCCGACCUCUACCUGUCCCGCCUGUUGAAUGGAUCAGCAACCACAUCUUCAUUUUCCGCGGACUACGGCUGCACCAACAUGACCACCGAUCUCCAAGCUGAGCAAGCUUCUUCACAUGGAAGAAAGGAGAUGGACUUGAUCGAGAUGGUUUCCUCCUCUCAAUUCUUCCGGUAGCAACAUAUGUUUUCUCGAACAUUCCUAGCUAGUUAUUAAAGGAUGUGUGAGGGGAUGGCAUUGUAGACCAUAAAACAUAUGAGACAAAAGCUUUCACUAAUGGGUUUGGUUCUUUUUCACUCUAAAGCCAUGGUUU